AUGCUUAAUUUGAAAUUGAAACAAAUUGAGAAUGACUUCUAUGAAGCAGUCUUGGAUUUCUUCCACUCAGGACGUAUGCACAAAGGUGUCAAUGCUACCAAUAUUGUCCUUAUUCCUAAGGUUCAGAACCCUAAGAGACCGAGCCAGUAUCGACCAAUCUCUCUUUGCAAUGUGGUUUAUAAGGUAAUAUCCAAGAUUAUUGCUAACAGAAUCAAGUCAGUGUUACCUAGACUCAUCUGCCCUACUCAAGCCGCCUUUGUGCCUGGGAGGAAUAUUCAUGAUAAUAAUGUGAUUGCCCAGGAAAUUAUCCACUCGUUUAAUCGGAAAAAAGGCAGAGAAUGUCUGUUUGCUAUAAAGAUUGACCUCAUGAAAGCUUAUGAUAAGAUGAGUUGGAGAUUUAUUGAUCAUGUUAUUGAUUGCUUUGGGGUGCCAUCGGAAUUUCGGAAUUGGGUUUCCCAGUAUGACCUCAUUCUGGUUGGUAAAGCCAAUCUAGAGGAGGCCAAAGGAUAUUGGGAUUGUCUUGAGAAGUUUUGCUCCUGGUCUGGUCAGAAGGUGAAUAAAAUGAAGACAUCCAUUUUCUUUAGUAAGAAUACCCCCAACAACAUGAAACAAGGGAUCAAGGCUAUGCUGGGUAUAGGAUCUCCGGAAGGAAAUGUCAAGUAUUUAGGCCUCCCUCUUUUCAGAUCGAGACAAAAGGAUGCUGACUUUAACUUCAUUCUGGAUAACCUGACUUCGAAAUUACAUGGUUGGAAAGCUAAGACUCUUUCAAAAGUGGGAAGAGCGAUGCUUAUCAAAUCGGUAGGUCUCUCUCUUCCUAUGCAUGCUAUGCAAACUAUUAAGCUUUCCAACCGUCUUGCUACGAAGAUUGACGGCUUGGUUCGUGACUUCUGGUGGGGCUCUGAGAAGGGUAAUCAUGGGCUGUACCUAAAAGCAUGGGACAAGUUGUGCCUCCCCAAGUCUUUAGGGGGGUUGGGUUUCCGGAAAUCAAAAGAAAUAAACCAGGCUUUCUUGGCUAAAUGGGGGUGGAACCUUCUGACAGGAAACCAAUCCUUAUGCUGUCGGAUCUUGGAAGCUAAAUAUCUUAAAGGCAGACCCUUUUUGGAUUGCAAUCCGAAAGCCUCGGACUCGUGGUUUUGGAAGAAUGUGACUAAAUCAAGAGCAAUUAUUCGCAAGGGUGCCUGUAAGCGAAUAAUGGAUGGUAAGGAUUCUAAUGUUUGGCAUGACCCUUGGAUAGCCCAUAAGAAAGGCUUCUUACCCCGGCCAAGAGGUCCCUUGCUGAAUGAGGAUUUAAAAGUUGCUGAUCUCCUGCUGCCCAAUGGGGGAUGA